GAGGGGGGCUGCCAACCCAUAGACCAACGGAGCAGGAACAGCUCACAUCACAUUCUUCGUCUCAUCAGAGCCUGGUGAAGGACCUACUCAGCAUACAACAUCACUUAGCUAGCUAGGUUAUUGGACCUCUGACUUAACGAUACAAAUAGCGACCUAAACCUCUCGAUUUACUAGCUAGCUAGCUAGCUAUCAUUUUCAUUUACUGUCAUCCAUGAGAUUCUUCAGGCUAUCAUUCAAGUGCUUCGUCGACUGCUUUUGAAUUCCCUCUCCCCAACGUCUGACGCGACGCUUUGUAAAUAUUACAUUUAUUGUUGAAGGGCACCAACUCGUUAUGAUAAAUUAAAAAAUAGAAAUAUUUUUUGAUAACAAGAAGACGAAAAAUAAACCAAGGAAAGAACUGGAGAACUGCAUAGCUUCUCUCUCUCUCUCUCUCCCCCCCCCCCUCUGAGACGCACUGAGUAUCUUGAUAGCGUCACUAGCUACUAGCUAGCUGCACUUGGCUCUACCCACCUAACGUUACCCGGUUUAUUUAAACCUAAUCAAUCAACAUGUCGCCAGAAGUAGAAGAGAACUCCCCAGGUGAUGUGCGGCUCUCCCAGAUGGAAGCAGGGAUUCCAUCAGAGGAGGAGGGUGGUGUGGCUCGCCCCCUAGUCCCUGUCCCUGGGGUUGGGGUGGGGGCAGGGGGGUGUGAGGGAGGGGGAGGACAGACCCAAACACAGCCUCAGGUCCAGGCUACAGCAGUACCGUAUGUGGAGAGAGAGACCUGGACCAGACAGAUGGACUUCAUCAUGUCCUGUGUGGGCUUCGCUGUGGGGCUGGGCAAUGUGUGGCGCUUCCCUUACCUCUGCUACAAGAACGGUGGAGGCGUGUUCCUGAUCCCCUACAUGAUUAUUGUGUUCAUCGGAGGUAUUCCCGUGUUCUUCCUGGAAAUCGCUCUUGGUCAGUUCAUGAAGCAAGGCGGGGUCUCUGCAUGGAACAUUGCCCCUCUCUUUAAAGGUCUUGGCCUGGCCUCCAUGGUAAUAGUGUUCUUCUGUAACACCUACUACAUCAUGAUCCUGGUGUGGGGCCUGUACUUCCUGCUUCACUCCUUCACCAACCCGUUACCCUGGGCUACCUGCGGGCACCCCUGGAACACAAUCAACUGCACUGAAAACUUCCGCCGGGCUUGCCACAACCGCAGCGCCCUGCCUCUCCUCUCCUCCACCCCGGAUCCCUCUAUCCCCAUCUCCCUCCUCUCGUCGGUGGUAUCCUCCCCACUCAACCUCUCAUCCUCUACUCUGCUCCUCUUCAACGGCAGCUGCGUGGAACCAGAGGGCAUGCGCUCGCCAGUCAUUGAGUUCUGGGAGCGUAAGGUGCUCCGUCUCUCUGGUGGUCUGGAUGAGCCUGGUGACAUCAGCUCUCACAUGGUCCUCUGUCUGAUCGCCACCUGGGUUAUUGUUUACUUCUGCAUCUGGAAGGGAGUCAAAGGCACAGGCAAGGUAGUGUACUUCACAGCUCUGUUCCCUUACCUGGUCCUGGUGGUUCUGUUGGCCCAUGGUGUAACCUUACCUGGAGCGCUGGAUGGGAUUGUGUACUACCUGAAACCAGACUGGUCCAAACUCUGGGAAGCCCAGGUGUGGAUCGAUGCUGGCACUCAGAUUUUCUUCUCCUAUGCCAUUGGUCUGGGUGCUUUAACUGCCCUGGGCAGCUACAACCGCUUCCACAACAACUGCUACCAAGAUGCAUUUGUUCUAGCCAUGAUCAACAGUGGGACCAGUUUCUUUGCAGGGUUUGUGGUGUUCUCAGUGCUGGGCUUCAUGGCUGCAGAGCAGGGGGUCGACAUCAGUAAGGUGGCCGAGAGUGGUCCAGGCCUGGCGUUCAUAGCCUAUCCCAAGGCUGUUACUCUGAUGCCUAUGGCUCCAGUCUGGGCAGCGCUCUUCUUCUUCAUGCUGUUGGUACUGGGCCUGGAUAGCCAGUUUGUUGGGGUGGAGGGCUUCGUCACGGGGGUCAUGGACAUGCUACCGCCCAAAUCUAUGGCGGGCUCGCUGCGUCGCGAGGUUGUCGUGGCGAUAUGCUGCAUCACCUGCUUUUUCAUCGACCUCUCCAUGGUAACAGAGGGAGGGAUGUAUGUGUUCCAGCUGUUUGACUACUACUCUGCCAGUGGGAUCACACUGCUCUGGCAGGCCUUCUGGGAGUGUGUGGUGGUGGCCUGGGUCUAUGGUGCAGAUCGUUUCAUGGAUGAUGUGGCUCGUAUGAUUGGCUACCGGCCGAUGCCCUACAUGAAGUGGUGCUGGUCCUACAUCACGCCCCUUGUUUGUGUGGGAGUGUUCCUGUUCCACGUGGUGAACUACAAGCCCCUGACCUAUAACUCAAUGUAUACCUACCCCUUGUGGGGGGAGGCGCUGGGCUGGUGUCUGGCCCUCUCCUCAAUGCUCUGCAUCCCCAUCACGGUCCUCUACAAACUACUGCGCUGCAAAGGAUCCUUCACAGAGCGUUGGCAGCACCUGACCACUCCGGUGUGGGGUCGACAUCACAUGGAGUACUUGGCUCCUGAGUCUGAGGCCAAACUGCUGCCCCCUAAUGGCCAGACCAAAAACACUUUGCUGUUUGAGAGUGUCAUCUGACCAUCUGAGCCCCACAGAAUCCACCCCCUCGUUUCCCACUCAGAACCCUCCGUCCCAAACACACACUCACACAAACACACAUAGAUACAUACACACACCCUGCCUUGGCCCAGCCAUAAAUGCACAGGAAGGCCACUCUGAAGCCGAUUAAACACACACACUGAACAGCCCUGGACCAAUGGACCAAAGAAAAGAUGGGACAAGAGCUCAAAUACACAAUCAAUACAGGCUGACAUUCUUUCUGUUUUCCUCUACCUCUCUCUCUCUCUCUCUCUCUCUCUCUCUCUCUCUCUCUCUCUCUCUCUCUCUCUCUCUCUCUCUCUCUCUCUCUCUCUCUCCGUCUUCUGCUCUGUGCCUCAGUGCUGUCCUUUCCUGUCUCGUCCUGUGAUUGUGUUGUGAUGUCGAAUGCAGCUGCGAUAUCUUGCCCCCCCCCCAUCCCAUCUCCACAGUGUCUCUCCCUCUCCUCCCUGUGUAAUGGAUUCUGUGGGGCGGUUCAGUGCUGCUGACCCAGUCUGUAGUAACCCAACAUACCCUGUUGAUGGUGCUGAAUGAGUAUUACUGAUCCCAAGCUGGUAAACACUUAUCUGUCUACUGUAGAUCUGACCGUGUGUGUGUGUGUGUGUGUGUGUGUGUGUGUGUGUGUGUGUGUGUGUGUGUGUGUGUGUGUGUGUGUGUGUGUGUGUGUGUGUGUGUGUGUGUGUGUGUGUGUGUGUUUGUGUGAGACUAAAGGAGAGAGGUACUGUGCUCUAUGUUAUCUGUGUUCGUCUUUGACUCUGAGCUCAACCUGUCACCCGACCACUAUUUUCUAUCCUCCCUCAUCAGUCAAACUGUUAAGAAACUUCCCUCUGUAAAUUACAAAAACAGCUAAGCACCACCACUUCCAGUGUAACUAACUAACUUACUAACUUAAGUGUCUUGAGUAUUGUGUGAGUCUGUGAAUCAGUGUUAAUAUUGGGGAGGGAUUGUAAUCAGCAUUUCCACCUUGUGAGAGAGAGAGAGAGAAGUCUACUGAUUUAGAAAGAGAGAGAGGGAGAGAGAGAGAACCUACUGAUUUAGAAAGAGAGAGAGGGAGAGGGAGGGAGAGAGAAGCCUACUGAUUUAGAGAGAGGGAGAGGGAGGGAGAGAGAAGCCUACUGAUUUAGAAAGAGGGAGAGGGAGGGAGAGAGAAGCCUACUGAUUUAGAAAGAGAGAGAGGGAGAGGGAGGGAGAGAAGCCUACUGAUUUAGAAAGAAAGAGGGAGAGAGAAGCCUACUGAUUUAGAGAGAGGGAGAGGGAGGGAGAGAGAAGCCUACUGAUUUAGAAAGAGAGAGAGGGAGGGAGAGAGAAGCCUACUGAUUUAGAGAGAGGGAGAGGGAGGGAGAGAGAAGCCUACUGAUUUAGAGAGAGGGAGAGGGAGGGAGAGAGAAGCCUACUGAUUUAGAAAGAGGGAGAGGGAGGGAGAGAGAAGCCUACUGAUUUAGAAAGAGAGAGAGGGAGAGGGAGGGAGAGAAGCCUACUGAUUUAGAAAGAAAGAGGGAGAGAGAAGCCUACUGAUUUAGAAAGAGGGAGAGGGAGGGAGAGAGAAGCCUACUGAUUUAGAAAGAGAGAGAGGGAGGAGGGAGAGAGAAGCCUACGAAUGGAGAAAGAGAGAGAGGGAGGGAGAGAGAAGCCUACCAAUGGAGAAAGAGGGAGAGGGAGGGAGAGGGAAGCCUACCGAUGGAGAAAGAAAGAGAGUGAGAGCAAUGUGUCUUAAUGCCAAGCCAAGAGAGAAGCAAUAAAAGACAAGAUGGAAACUUUA